AGAUAAAUUAUUUAUUCAUCUUUUUAUUUAUCUAUUAAACAUAUAUAUACACACACAUACAAACACACACACACACACAUAUAUACAUACAUAUAUCAGUGUGGAGUCUCCUGUUUGAUAGAACCCUAGCAACCAUUACAGACACUAUGAGGUUUAUUAGACAUAUGAUCCUUGUGACAUGAUCAGAUCAUCACAACAUCAUCUCCAGCUGAUUCAUAGUCUGGACCAACAGCUGGUUAGAAGGUCAGAAAUAAACCUUUCACUAAUUAUUCAGAAUCAAAGUCCCAGUGAAUCAAAGAACCUUCCUGCAUCAGUUCUUAUUGAGAUGAGAGACAGAAGGCUGGAAAUACUGAGGGAACAAGAACAAAACUGGAGAACGACAGGAACAGAACCGGAGGACAUCAUGGGGUUGUAAGCAGACAGACUGACAAAGACAAGACGGGGCACAGAGACUAAAUACACACCAGGGAGGCAAGGGGGAUUGAACACAGGUGAUUGAACACAGGUGAAACACAGGAGGGUGGGGCGGAUUGUGGUCACCACCAUCAACUUCACUGUUUAUUAAAAAAAAACAGCUGAUUGUGUUUUUAACAAGCUUUAUCCAGAUUCACUCACAUUAAUUUACUGCGACCUUUGAACUGUCGGUGAACUCCCUCAGACCCUGAUCUGAGUACAGGUCUGGGGUGUGGUCAUACUCAUGACUCCCUCUGGCUCUGAAGGGGAUCAUCUGUGGUCCUGGUCUGAUGUGGAUCCUGGUGGUUUUAGACUUCUCUACAGAAACCUGUAAUGGAGCAUCAUGAAGUCUCUCAGUCAGGUGACUCACCUGAAGCUCCACCAAGUUCAGAGGACGAGGCUGAACGUUUAAAGUGUUUAAGGUGGUCUUAAAGGUUUUAAGGUGUAAACAGAGAAAUUGAAACUGAGAACAAACGCAUUAAAACUGAUGUUAAUUCACUGACACAUGAACACAUGAACAUUAACAUGAACACAUGAACAUGUGUGUAUCAUGAAUCAGACUCAUGUUCACAUGCUGAAGUUAAAUAAAGUUGAGUUUGGAUAAAAACAGAUCUGCUAACUGGUUUCUGGUGCAUCAUCCACAUGUUGUCAGACGUUUCAGCCAAUCAGACAGCAGUAGCUUGGGACAUGUGACCCGUGGGAACGACACCGUUGCCACAGGUCUGAUAACCAGCUGACGGCUGAGCUGGACAAACCAGCAGAUGCUCUGAUUGGCUGAGGCCGGGCAGGGCUCAGGUAUAAAACAGCAACUCCAUCCUGAACACAUCAUCAUCAUCAUCAUCACCACCAUGACUUUCCUCUGGAUCAUCUCCUGCCUCGCCUUCGUCAGCGCUGCCUAUGGCUGUGGCACCCCCGCCAUCCCUCCCCAGGUGAGCGGCUACGCCCGCAUCGUCAACGGUGAGGAGGCUGUGCCUCACUCCUGGCCCUGGCAGGUGUCUCUGCAGCAAUCCAACGGCUUCCACUUCUGUGGAGGAUCUCUGAUCAACGAGAACUGGGUGGUGACCGCCGCUCACUGUAACGUCAGGACCUACCACCGUGUGGUUGCUGGAGAACACGAUAAGGGCUACGGCUCCAACGAGGACGUGCAGGUGCUGAAGCCCGCCAAGGUGUUCACCCACCCCAGAUGGAACCCCCGCACCAUCAACAAUGACAUCACCCUCAUCAAACUGGCCUCCCCCGCCCGCCUGGGCACCAACGUGUCCCCCGUCUGCAUCGCUGAGUCCACCGACGUCUUCGCCGAUGGCAUGACCUGCGUCACCUCCGGCUGGGGUCUGACCCGCUACAACGCUCCCAGUACUCCCAACAAGCUGCAGCAGGCCGCCCUGCCCCUGCUGUCCAAUGAGCAGUGUAAGAGACACUGGGGUAGCAACAUCUCCGAUGUGAUGAUCUGCGCUGGAGGAGCCGGAGCAACUUCCUGCAUGGGCGACUCUGGUGGUCCUCUGGUCUGUGAGAAGAACAACGCCUGGACCCUGGUCGGUAUUGUGUCCUGGGGAAGCAGCCGCUGCUCCACCUCCACUCCUGCUGUCUACGCCCGUGUCACUGAGCUCCGCAGUUGGGUUGACCAGAUCCUUGCCGCCAACUAAACCUCAGAGACUGAGCUGCCAACACCGGGGUUGACCCCUUGACCUUCUUGGCCUGGCAGUCCCACAACAGAGUGGAUAGUGAAUGAUAAUAAAAACCUUGAACAUCA